CAAAAAUCGCUCUCAACAAUGAAUAUCGCGAUCAUUAUCUCUCACUUUACUUGUUCCAUUUUCUCAUUGAGCCUGACUAGAACUGUAUUGAUUGUCGGUGGAAAAUAUCCCUCCAACCGUGUACUACUUACACAAAAGCGCGUACGCAUGAACAAUGGACAUACCAUGAACCAGUUACUGUGUAUGGUAGAUCUGGAUGGAAGCUUUCUGCUUCCUUCGAAGACCAUUGAAUAAUUUAAAUCUCCCAGCAAAGGCUCUGCCACAGAAUAUUAAUCAUAGUACAGGCCCGAAAAUUGGAACACCACACCAUUCUCGAGUGCCAAUCUAAUCGCAGUCAACUAUCAACCAGGAGGUUCCAAAGGACAUGGGAAAGUGCGGUUGGCCUUUCCUCAUCCUCAAGUGCUUCGGGUUCACAUCAGGAGCCAAGCCUGAAUCGCGUAUGGUUCAAGUCCGAACCCAUGGGAGGUUCUUGUGGCGGAAAGUCCUGGUUUAUCUUCACUCCAUGAUCCGGAUCCGUCGUCAAAGAUGCGGGUUUCGAAGAGGAUUCCAGACCCGAUCAUCGGCCUUGUCUCAGCGAGGCAAUGCCUUCGGAUGCUUUAGAACUCGUCGAAGACACCGACACCAUCGCCGAAAGAUCCGAUUCCGACCGCAUUUCGAUUCUGGAAACGCGUUGGCUGACACGCCGGAUUCGGAUAAUCCACCGUUUGUAACGAUUCCACUCAAGCACAAGAUCAUCCGGGAUUGGAACAUCUUGAAGUGGAGAUUCCGAGGGAUGAGGCGAUUUGCCAAUCGGAUCUAUCCAACCUAUCCACGACACCUGACGACGCCCGAAGCCAAUGCGAUCUAUAAUAUCCGGCUUCAAAUCGGGGAUCGGACUAUUUUGAGUGCGAAUGAGGCCAGGAGAACUAAGCGGCGAUUGGAGAGGAACCUUCGGUGCAAGAUCAACUUUGAUCUGAGUGAAGGCGAUAUCGUAUUGAGUUGCUUCGAUCAGCUUCCGCAGACCAUUUGUUCACAAUCCGGCAACCCGAGCCUUUCAAUGAAGGUAAGCGCUCCUCGAGUGUCAGUGACGAGGCCCGCACUCGCAUUCAAAGACUCAAGAAUCGACCCCGUCGCCGAUCUUCCAUCCAAUCUCUUCCUGCUCGACCUCGAACCCCUUCAGCUCCAAGUCGACCGGCCUCCUUGGACAAAAUUGCCAUCGUCAGGCGAGCUGCCGAGCCCAUCACCCAGGUCAUAUCUCCCAACGUGCUCGUGAACUUCGACGAAAAUUUCGACGACGACGAUUCCAGUGAAGAGGAGGAGAGCUUACCGACAUUCGAUGAAGGCAUGACUUUGUUCAUUCCUCCCAUUAUUGUCAUAACCAGUCCCGCUUAGCCGCAUGUUGAAUAAAUGCUUGUUGAACUCA